UAACCUGUUGCGCUAGCUAGCUUCCGGAUAACCGAAUCCCAAACUGCCGCCUCAUUUGUAGGUUGCUUCACCUGUUCACGUCCAUCACUCAAUCCGUAUAAUCCUCUCGCUCACGCGCCCCCCACGGCCGUAGAAUGGUCAGAGCUAGCUAGAAUGGUAUGGUAGAGCAGUGCAACUGAGACUUUGUUGCCUUGCGUGCGUGCGCUAGCUAGCUCUGUUGCUGAUGAUGAUAAGGGCAGGUGAUGUUGAUCUGUGAGAUACGGCUUGCAUCACGAACCAUGAUGCAACAACAACACAUACACACCCCCUGCCUGCAUGCGCCGCUCCUUGUGUAUAAAUAGCUCAGCGGGUUGCAUAUGAAACAGCCACAUGCAGACACUACCUGUAGCUGCUAGCUCUAGCCAGUAUAAAGCUAGAUACUAGUACUAGCUUGUGACCUCAGAAUUGAAGCUAGCUGUAGCUGCAUGCGAGCUGAAUAAGUAACCUCUGCCAGGGUACGUACUGAUCGGCCGAUCGUAGUCGAUCGGUGAUAUAUACACAGUGCAGCCGGUAGCUAGCUAGCAUGGAGGAUGACAAGAAGGAGGCCGGCAGCAAGUACCGGGGCGUGAGGAAGCGGCCGUGGGGCAAGUUCGCGGCGGAGAUCCGAGACCCGGAGCGCGGCGGCGCCCGCGUCUGGCUCGGCACCUUCGACACGGCCGAGGAAGCCGCCCGGGCCUACGACCGUGCCGCAUUCGCCAUGAAGGGCGCAACCGCCGUCCUCAACUUCCCCGGCCAGCGGAUGACCGGCGCCGGGGCUUCUUCUUCUUCUUCGACGCCGGCCCCGGGCGCCGCCAGGAGGAGCGGCGGCCAUACUACUGGCGGUACCACGGGGGAGAAGCUGGAGCUGGAGUACCUGGACGACAGGAUCUUGGAGGAGCUCCUGGCGGAGGACUACUACGGCAAUAAGAACAAGGACUAGACUAAGACAUGAUCUUUGUGGUGGCGUUGGUCUCUCCGAUCUCUUUCCAUGGCUCGGCUAGCUAGAGUUAUGGACAUGACUAGUCAUGGCUUGCAUGGAAGAAACACGUGUACACCAGACCACCGACACGUUUACGGGCGCCCUUGUCCCGGCGAUGAGCGCACGAGGCGUGCAGUGUGUCCUUAACUAAUUUGUCACCGCGCGAAAAAGGCGGGUCAAAGUAAUAAUACUGCAAUAACACUACUCCA